AUGGCAAGUAGAAAUUUAAAAGGAGCACGUAGUGCUUAUGAAGAAAAUGAUAUAAGAAAAUCAAUUGAUGCACAUGAUGGAAAACCUUUAAUAGAUGAAGAAGAUAGAAAAGAACCACACAAAGAAGAAUCAGGAGAAUUUAUUAAAUCAAUUGUGUUUGGAGGAUUAGAUGGUAUUAUGACAACAUUUGCAAUUGUAGCAGCAGCAACAGGAGCAGGAUUAACAAGAGGUGUAAUAUUAAUUAUAGCAUUUGCCAAUUUAUUAGGUGACGCAAUAGGUAUGGCAGUUGGUGAUUAUGUUAGUGAAAUAGCGGAAGAGGAUCAACUAAAAUUAGAAUAUAAAAAACUUGAACAAGAUAUAGAUAGUAAUCCAGAUGAACAGAAAUCAAUAUUAAUUGAAAUAUAUGAAAAGAAAGGGUUUACAAAUUCACAAGCAUCUAGAAUCGUUGAAUUACUAUUCCCAUAUCGUAAAACUGUCACUUCGAUAAUGAUGAUGGAAGAACAUGGUGCUACCGUUGAUGAUGACGAUGAUGAGGAAGGUGGUGGUGGUACAGAUUAUGGCGCAAUCAAGAGUGCAUUAGUUACAUUUGCAUCAUUUUUAGUUUGUGGUGGUAUACCACUUUUAGCAUACCUUUGUAGUGGUCAUUAUAAUAGUAAAGGCGAAUUCGAUUCAAUCUUUAUCAUCUCAAUUGCAUUAUUCGUCUUUGUUCUCUUUUUAUUAGGUUGUUUCAAAGGUUACGUCUCAAAUAAAAAUUGGUUCAUAUCUGGUAUUCAAAUGUUAAUCAAUGGUGCUGUUACAACUUUAGUUGCAUUUUGGAUAGGUUAUGGUAUUGAAAAAGCACAAUAA